GCAUGUAAGCGAACAAUUGAAUUGCUACUGUCAAUGUUAACACACAUUGUGAUUCAAAGCCAGAGUUUUAGGUUAAGAAUAAACCGAUGCUAUGUUUGCCAUCAAAAAAUUUAAACUGUUGAAUAAACUAGUGGUUAAAAAUCAGUUACGAUCGCUAGAUAUUCGGCAGAAAUCAAAUUCUCCAAGAAAGAUGAGUAAAAUUGUGUGGAUUGAUAUGGAAAUGACCGGCUUAAACUUGCACAAAGAUCGUAUAAUGGAAAUAGCAUGUUUAAUAACCGAUAAUUCAUUGAAUGUGGUGGCUGAACAUCCAACAGUUGUUAUAAAUCAACCAGAUUCUCUGCUUGAUUCAAUGGAUGAAUGGUGCACAACAACGCACACUCAGACUGGCCUGCUGGCGGAAUGCAAAAAUUCGAAAGUCACAGAAAAACAGGCCGAGGAUUUAAUACUGAAUUUUCUUAAUGAAAACAACAUUAAAUCGUUUUCGAGCCCAUUGGCCGGCAAUAGUGUGUACAUGGAUCGUAUGUUUCUUAGAGAAUAUAUGCCACGGAUCGAUUCGCAUCUUCAUUAUCGUAUCAUUGAUGUAUCAACGAUAAAAGAGCUCUGCAAACGAUGGAAUGGUUCAUUAUUUUCGAAUGUACCAUCAAAAAAGAACGUGCAUCGAGGUCUGAGUGAUAUCGAGGAGUCAAUCAAUGAACUGAAGUAUUAUAAGCAAUUCAUGUUUUUGCCAGAAUAAUCUCAAAUAUGUAGUCUAUUAUCAUCAGUUAUCAAGCACUCACCAAUUUUACCAAUUCAAAAUAAUGAAUGCGUUUAAUACCAAUUGUAUCUACUAUAAAAGAAACCAAUUAUAGAUAAAGACAUAUUCCAGUUUUAAUAUAUGCGUCGUAUUAUUUCAUCUGUACAAAAUAAGCAAGUAAUAACGCACAAUCAAUACAAUUAAUCAUUUGAUUUUUCAUCACAUAACAAUGCAGUACGAUUUUAUUGGAUUUAUCGCAGCUAUAUUGAUUGCUGGCGGUGGUGCAUAUGGAUAUUUCAAAUCUGGCUCCGUCGCAUCAAUUGUUGCUGGUCUGAUCUUUGCAAUUCUUUUGGCUAUUGGUGCAUAUUUAAAUUCACGUUCGGGAUCGCCACCAAAGCCUCUUCUUGAAUUUUGUGUGCUCUUAAUUUUGGCCGGAUUAAUGGGAUAUCGUUGGUAUAAUGGAUCAUUUGUACCAGCUGGAAUUGUGACUUGCAUUGCCGCUGGAGCCUUUGUAAUUAACAUGUUCAUUUAUUACGAUGAUCUUCACGCACAACUUUUCUAAAAAAUUAUAUUUCUUUUAGAUAUUUCGAUUUUUAUACAAUAAAUAUAUUCAAAUAAAAAGAGUGCCAAAAGCGAUUAA